AUGGGCUCCUUGUCAGGCUUCACCGAGAUCCCCGAUCUCACCCCCCUCGAGCGCAUCGGCCCCAAGGGCUACCUCCGUUACGUCUUCCCCUUCCAGCUUCCGGAUAAUUACGACCUCGAAGAAGCCGCGUCUAUCCUACGGGCUGGGUACGAUGCUGCUUCACGCAGAAUCGCAGUCCUCGCCUGCGAAGCCGUUCCAGACCCGGACGCAAAGCAGGCCGGCGUCCUGAAGCUCCAGAGACUCCGUCAUGGUGACAUUGAAGGCAUCGCAGUCAAGGACCUCAGAAGCACAGGGGCUUUCCUAAUGACCUACUCCGAGCUCAAAUCAAAGGCCUUCCCAGUAUCCGCCUUCGAUUCCAACACCAUCAUGCGCCGCUCCGUCUGGCCGUCCGCCGGCGAACGACUCCCCGUCUCCCUCCCCCAAGCGAACUUCAUCCAGGGCGGCAUGAUACUCUCCUGGUGCAUCUUCCACAUGUUCGGCGACGGCAACACCUUCCUCACCUGGACCAAGGUCUGGGCCGAAGAGUGUCGCCGAGCCCAGGGCCUCCCCAUCACCGACCCCUUCAACCUCGACGAGGCCCUCAUCAGAGACCGCCAACGCAUCAUGAAGCCGUCCGGCAACAACAAGGGAAGCCCGGAAGACCACCCGGAGUACACCAUCCUCCCUUUCACGCCUCAGGGCGCGCCGCCGAAGAUGCUCUCCGAGGAGCACCGCGGCCAGGUCUUCUACUUCUCUCCCGAGUCCCUCGCGAGGCUCAAGGCCGAAGCGUCGCCUCAGAACGCCACCGAGCCGUCGAAGCAGGCAUGGAUCUCGACCAACGAUGCACUAUCCGCCCUUCUUUGGCGCACCGUCAUGGCCGUCCAGUCCCCGCUUGAGACCCUGGAGGGCGAUCCCGUGUCGGUCUUCAACAUCGCCAUCGACGGCCGUCUGCGGACCGACCCGCCCGUGCAUCCGGACACGAUAGGCUGCUUCCUCGGCUACGUAGCGGCAUCCGCUCCGAUUCGCAAGAUGCUUGGCUCGGCAAGCUUGGCAGAUCUGGCGAUCCUGGUCCGCCAGGCACUCCUCCGUGCGGACAGACAGUUCCUGGACGAUGUGACGACGCUGAUCGACACCCUCGAGGACGUGAACCGUAUCGUUCCCACCGCGAUGCUCGAUGUUCCGGGGAACAACUGCAUCCAGAGUUCGUGGGUCAACUUUACGCUGUACGACGUCCAAUGGGGUCCGGCUCUUGGUGGCAGCAUCCAGGCCGUCCGGUCCCCGCAUGUUGGAGUCAUCAACGGGUUGCAGGUCGUGCUGCCCGUCUUGCCGGAUGGCGGGAUGGAGAUUAUUGUGGGAGUUGAGGCGAACUGUCUGGACAGGUUGAUGCAUGAGCCUUUGUGGAUGAAGUUUGCCGAGCCGAGAUAG